AAGUGAGGCCCUAGAUUCAAGAUAUUUGGACGGUCCGAAAAUCCGCGAGAAACGGCGGCCACACCUCUGCUGGGCGCCAAAAGUCCGUCAAUCACGCCGCCGCUUGGGCCGCCCAUUUCCUCUAACAGUACGAAGAAGCCAUUCUCAUUCUAUACUUGCUUGAUAGAGAAUUGGCAGAGGCAGAGCUCUGAGGAAGCUGUAGAGGCAAUGGAGAAGGGAGAGGAAGGAGGAGAGGAGUACCUGUUCAAGAUAGUGGUGAUCGGCGACUCUGCCGUGGGCAAGUCCAACUUGCUUUCCCGCUUCGCCCGAGACGAGUUCGAUUUGCACUCCAAGGCCACCGUCGGCGUCGAGUUCCAGACGCAGGUCGUCGCCGUCGACGGCAAGGAGGUCAAGGCGCAGGUCUGGGACACUGCCGGCCAGGAGCGCUUCCGCGCCGUCACCUCCGCUUACUACCGAGGCGCCGUCGGCGCUCUCAUCGUCUACGACAUCUCCCGCCGCUCUACCUUCGAUAGCAUCAAACGCUGGCUGGAUGAGCUCAACACUCAUUGUGACACCACGGUAGCAAGAAUGCUGGUUGGAAACAAGUCUGAUUUAGAGGACAUUAGAGAUGUGUCCAUGGAGGAAGGCAAAAGCCUGGCCGAAGAAGAAGGGUUGUUCUUCAUCGAGACCUCUGCUCUGAACUCUACCAAUGUCAAGACAGCUUUCGAGAUUGUUAUCCGCGAAAUCUACCAAAAUGUUAGCCGGAAAGUGUUGAGCUCUGAGUCCUACAAGGCUGAGCUAUCCGUCAAUCGUGUUAGCCUGGUUAAUGACUCGUCCAAGCACAAUAAGGGAGCUCUAUCUUGCUGUUCAACUUGAUUUCUGCCAUCACAUUCUUGUGAAGAUGUUCCAAUUCUGAUCUGCUCCUUUCAUAUCCCAUGGUAAUUAAGCUCUGAAUUUUGCUUGUUAUUAUGCCCAUUAAAUCGGUUGCAUUUGUUCACAGCCCCGUCUCAGAUCAAUUUCAGAACCGGGGAUUGCAUUUCAUUGAGAAAUAUGAGUAUUUUUUGGUUGCCGGAUUGUGGAGUAAUAGCAAAACAUGCAGACUUUUACAGUGUGUUUCAAGUAGACAUAAGCGAGUGAGUUGUUCACAUUCUCAUCUUGCUUCAUUGUAACAUCAUGCUCAAUUGGCUUCAAUUAGAGGAGCUGUGCAUCUAAUUAUGUUAUCCAUGAAAAUACAUUUGUCUCAUAGAAUGUAUUUGCAGGGCAUUGAGGAGAAUGUUUUAUCGUAAUAGCAAUAUGUGUCGCAAUCUAA